AUGAAUUUUAUGUUUGAUAGUGAUUUUAUAGACGUUGUACAUCAUCAAAAGCAAUCAUCAUCAUCAUCAUCGUCGUCGUCAUCGUCGUCAUCGGAUGAUCAACAACAACAAGAACAACAGGAAGAUAUAAUAAUUGGUGGAUACCCAAUUAAUAAAUAUUUUAAUUCACCAUUCUUUAAAUACCCACCACAGAAAAUGACAUGUUUACCACACAAAGAUCAUUAUAUUGUUAAUAGACAAUUAAAAUUAGAGAAAAAGGUAAAUACAUACAACUUUACCACGAGCAACAAGAUUUUUGGCCACGAGGACAAGACAAUCCCAAAUUUACCUCCAUCAUUUAAAUUGAUGGCACCACUCUACCAAUUACCAAAAGAAGAACAAUUAGGUCAAACUUCUCUAAUCCCACAUGGUUUAAGUUUAUUUAGUUCAAAUUUACAAGGAUUAAUUAAUCAAAAAAUAAUGAGUAGAAAAAAUAUUGAAUUAGAUUCUGUUGAAAAAUACAAGGAUUUAAUAGUUGUACAGAAUGAACCAAGAAUCUUGGAGAGAUUCAAAACUGUAGAGGAGAUUAAUAAUUUUGCAUGGUUAAAUGAUGAGGAAUUUGGUAGACAGAGACUGCAGGGAAUUAAUGGUGGACAAUUGUGCAAGUUGACACGUAGCAUGUGGAAUGAAAGAUCGUACGACAAGAUAUUCGAUAUUAGCAAGUCUAGACCUAUCAUGGACGACAUUACACGCAACCCAACUGGAUUCAGUUUCAAUGAACUGUUGGACAAGGGCUACUUGUUUGUCAUUGACUAUGGUAUGUUGGGUGACCAAGAGUACUUUGACAAUGCCCUAAAGUUUGAUAGAUACGUGUCGUCGCCAGUCGCCAUAUUCUUUGUCGACGAGCAUCGUGCUGGAAAGUUGUAUCCGUUGGCCAUCAAGAUACUCAAGAAUGACCCAGAGUCGCCUUGGACCGACAAUACCUUUAUCAACCGUCUCAAGCGCAACAACAUGCUCGACAGUGACUCGGUCUCUGACGGUGCCGCUGCCUAUUCGUCCUAUUCACCACUCGCCAACUACCAUUUCAGAGACGAUGGUUUGCGUGUCUACAACGCCAUCUACCAACUCGUGCACAAUGUACUGUCGGUGUUUUACCAAGUCGAGCAAGACGUUGACAAGGACUUUGAGCUACACGCUUGGAUCAAGGAACUGACCAGCGAACGUGGCGGUCAAAUCAAAGGCCUGUUUAGUGCCACCGUCCUUGAAAGUGGCGGCUACAAGUUCAAGGACAUUGUCGAGUUGGUGACCGACAUUAUGUUUCGUUUAACCGUAGAGCAUUCCAUUGGCAACCAUGGCCAAUGGGACAUGUAUGGCUUUACACCCAACGUACCCGGUGCCCUUUACAUGGACCCACGUAAAAUCCGAUUGCCCGGUACCCACAUUUCACUUGAAACCAUUGUCGGCGCACUGCCACCCGUCCACGAGUCACUCAGCCAAAUCACCAUCACCCAUCUCCUCUCCAACACCGACACUGGUCUUCCAUCACUAGCCGAUGUCUCGUACCAAUUCGAACGACUACACGAUGCCAAACUCAAUCGUGCCAUCUCCUCCUUCCGAUCACAAUUACAAUCCAUCUCGAAUGACAUUGAAAUUCGAAACUCUUCCGUUUUCACACCCUACAGUUAUAUUGAUCCAAAGAAAACAACAAUGUCAUUAAAUGCAGAUAUAUCACAAGAAGAUCCUGAACAAUUGUUUAGGGUUUUAGAAGUGAUAGGACAAGGAUCAUUUGGAGUUGUAUGCACAUGUGUCAAUACAGUCACCAACAAUAUUGUAGCUAUAAAGUUUCUAGAGAUGGAGCCCGAUGAAAACAAUCAGAGUUUGAAAAGAGAAAUCACCAUUCUAAAGGAGACGUCAGAGUGUCCAUGCAUUGUACAGUACCACGGUUGCUAUCUCAAGGACAGCAAUCUGAUGAUCGUCAUGGAGUAUUGUGACGGUGGCUCCGUCCUCGAUAUCAUGCAAAUGUGUCAAAGAAAAUUAACAGAGAACCAAAUAGCAGCCAUUCUACACAACGUCAUAGAGGGUUUGAUCUACCUCCACUCCAACAAAAUAUUACAUCGAGAUGUAAAGGCUGGUAACGUCUUGUUGACUCGAAAAGGAAAGGGAAAGUUAAGUGAUUUUGGUGUCUCUGCUAUUCUUGUAAAUACUGGUAUGAAACAAAAAACAGUAGUUGGUUCACCAUAUUGGAUGAGUCCAGAAGUAAUUUCAACACCAAAGGGAUCGUCUGGAUACGAUUUCAAAGCAGAUAUAUGGUCAUUGGGUAUUACAGCCAUUGAGAUGGCAGAUGGCAAGCCCCCACAUUUUAAUAUGAACCCAAUUAAAGUCAUUUUUGUAAUUCCUCUUCGUAAUCCACCAACAUUUGAAAAGCCAAGCGAUUGGUCACCCGAGUUUAACGAUUUUAUCUCGGUAUGUCUCAACAAGGAGGCCGACAAGAGACCAACGGCCACCGAACUUCUCAACCAUCCAUUCAUCCAGAGAGGCAAAAAUAACACAACCCAAAUCAUUUCAGAGUUGGUCGAGGAAUGUAUUCCCGUCAUGGAAGAGUAUAGAAGAAAAAAAGCAGAAGAAGAAGAGGCUGAUGACGGCGACACUUCCAACUCGGCCGGUGUCAAGCAAGGCACUCUUUUGCGUAUCAACACAAUUACCAACCGUGCAACCGUCGAAAACGAUGAAGAAGAUGGUGGCAAUGGUGGAACUUUUAUUCACCACUCGGACGACGAAGACAAUGGCAAUGGUGGAACCGUCAUCUUUUCCGAUACUGUCAAGGGCGGUUCCGUUGUAUUUAGAGGUUCAUUAGCAGAUAAAUUUUCAAAAGCAAAUAUAAAUAGUGAUGAUUAUGAUGAAGAGGAUGAAGAGGAGGAUGAAGAAGAAGAGGAUGAAGAUGAAGAAGGAAGUUAUGAUACAGGUUCAGUUAUUUAUACAAAAGAACAAUUGGACUCCCUAAGACAACAAUAA